UGCAAAUACUUACUAUUCCGGGGUUUGUAUGCGGUGGAUGAAUUCAGAGCUUUACUGAUAUUUAUGAAUUAUCAUGGCUGCUAUCACUUCUGCUUCGGCAACAGAACCUCCUGGACUAGAGACCCAGCGGCGAGAGAUCGAGACCAUUGUACAGAAUCAUGAACUCCGAGCUGGGGAUAGUUGGUAUUUGGUGGAGAGGAGAUGGUUUGAGCAGUGGAAAGAGUAUAUAAAAACUGGGGAUCAGAACUCUUCGUCCUUUCCUGGCCAGAUUGAUAACACAGAACUCUUUGAGGAUUUGGAUUCAUACCACCUAAAGGAGCGCCUGGUGGAGAACGAGGACUUUGUGUUGAUCCCAGCUGAGGCUUGGCGCAACUUGUUGGCCUGGUAUGGCCUGGUGGAUGAUCAACCUGCAUUAGAGCGGAAGGUUGUGGACCUACCCAGCACUGUGAAAGUUGAGGUCUACCCUGUGGAGGUCUUCCUCUGCCUACAUAGCAACAUGGACAAUGUUGUGACAGCGCAGUUCAGCAGAGUAGACACCAUACAGACCAUUGAGAAGAUGAUGAGGAAGCAGUUUGACGUUGGAGAGAGCGCUGAGACACGGCUCUGGAUGAAGAGCUCCGACACCAGCUGUGAGCGCCUGCGAAACAUUUACGUGUCCGUCCUUGACUCCUGCCUCAGCUCUGGGAUGACGGUGAUCAUGGAGAUGAGAAAUGCGGACGGGACCUGGCCAAGCUCCAGGCCUCAGAUAAUGAGGAACUCUGUGGAGGAGCAGGACUCGUACCGGGGGCAACCAGGGGUGUGCGGCCUGACCAACCUGGGGAACACCUGCUUUAUGAACUCUGCCCUGCAGUGUCUUAGUAACACACCACAAUUGACUGAGUACUUCCUCCGCAACGCGUACCUCGAGGAGCUCAACUUCACCAAUCCCCUGGGCAUGAAGGGAGAGAUCGCCGAGGCCUACGCUGAUGUCAUCAAACAGAUGUGGACUGGCAGGCACUACUCUGUGGUUCCACGUGUCUUCAAGACGAAGGUGGGCCACUUUGCCUCGCAGUUCCUGGGCUACCAGCAGCACGACUCCCAGGAGCUUCUAUCCUUCCUGCUGGACGGCCUCCACGAGGACCUUAACCGCGUCAAGAACAAGGAGUACAUCGAGCUGAGGGACGCCGAUGGCCGACCUGACCAGGAAGUAGCAGAGGAAGCGUGGCGUAACCAUAGGCGACGGAACGACUCUGUGAUCGUUGACACUUUCCACGGGCUGUUCAAGUCAACGCUGGUUUGUCCAGAAUGCCACAAAGUCUCGGUGACCUUUGACCCCUUCUGCUACCUGAGUGUCCCCUUGCCAGUCAGCAAGGAGAGGGUGAUGGAGGUGUUCUUCGUCUCGCUUGACCCUGGUGCCAAGCCGGUCCAGCAUCGAGUGGUUGUGCCCAAAGCUGGUAAGGUGAUUGACUUGUGCAUCGCCCUAUCCCAGGUAACAGAUGUGCCAGCCAAUCAGAUGGUUGUGGCAGACGUGUUCAACCACCGCUUCUAUAAGAUUUACCACUCUGACGAGUCUCUGAGCUGCAUUCUGGACAGAGAUGAUAUAUUUGUGUAUGAGCUGAGCAGCGGGGCAGUGGAGGAUGAUGGGGAGGAGGUGGUGCUGGCUGUGUACCUGCGGGAGCGCCCCCACUACCGGGACUACGGCUCAGGCAGCAGCUAUGGCACCUCACUGUUUGGCCACCCGCUCCUGAUGGCCGUGCCCCGCGAGCAGUGCACCCGCGACGCCCUCUACUACCUGUUCCUGCAGCGCCUGGCGCGCUACGUUCACACCCCGGAUCCCUCAGACGAGGUUGAGGAAGAGGAGGCGGAUGAUGAAGGUGGGGAAGAUGAGGAUGAGGAGGAGGAAGAGUUGUACAAGACCCAGACCAAUGGACUGGGCAACGACAAAAGAGAUGAUGACUGUGAAAAGGCAGGACCUUCCAAGCAGGCUGGCGAGGGGGAAGAAUGCACCACUAAGAUGACUCCAUCAGUGGGGCAGGCUGAUGGAGAGAACAAUGGCCAAUCAGAGCCCAGUUCGGAGGAUGCGGCCAGCGACCCGGAGAGGGGCAACAGCUCGGAGGAGGGCCAGUCGGCCGGCAGCAGCAGCGCCGACACAGCCACCCAGUCGGACGUCGCCACCACCGAGGCCUCUGGGAAGGCGGAGGACCAGGACGAGGAGGACGAGGAACAGGGGGAGGAAGAGGAGAGGAGGGAUGGGGAUUCAACAGCUAUAGCUGGUGCAUCGUCAGGGAAACGGCUGACGGGGAGCGGGAGGAAUGGGCAAGGUAGGAAGAGGCGGAGACCGCUUUUCACCAUCCAGGCGGUCAACUCCAACGGCACCACGGAGAGAGGGAUGGGCGAGGGGGGCAGCGCCUUCUCCUUCAGCUCUCAGCCUUACGUGGCCAUCGACUGGGACCCUGACAUGAAGAAGAAGUACUAUGACGAUAACGAGGCUGAGAAAUAUGUGAAACACGCCAGCAUGGAGGUCCCCCAUCAGCAAACUACUGUGCAGUUGCAGGAGUGUAUCGAACUCUUCACUACUGUGGAGACCCUAGAGGAGGAGAAUCCCUGGUACUGCCCCGUGUGUAAGAAGCACCAGCUGGCCACCAAGAAGCUGGACCUGUGGUCUCUACCAGAGGUUCUCAUCAUCCACCUCAAGCGCUUUUCCUACACCAAGUACUCCCGCGAGAAGCUGGACACUAUAGUGGAGUUUCCCCUACGAGAACUGGACUUCUCCGGCUACCUCUUGCGAAAGCCUGGGGCCAAUGGGGAACCUCCCAGUCGCUAUGACCUCAUGGCCGUGUCAAACCAUUACGGAGGCCUGAGGGAUGGACACUAUACCAGUUAUGCCCGGAACAAAGACAAUGGGCAGUGGUAUUACUUUGAUGACAGCAAGGUGACCUAUGCAAGGGAGGAUCAAAUAGUGACCAAUGCUGCCUACGUUCUGUUCUACCAGCGCCAAGACAAGAUCCGCAAACCCACCCUGCCCGCCCCUGCAGAUGGUUGCGCUGCCUCUGUGAAACCCGCCAACGACUUCACUUCCUCUAACCACGAUGGCCUGGCUGCUGCUACUUCCUGCGUCAACAUGGAAACUGACUGAAGCUGUCCCUCUCUUGUUUUUUUUUUUUUUUGUUUUGUUUUGUUUGAUUAUUUUGUUUUUCUUACCAUCCUCUUUUGGGUGUGUCCGUUUUUUAUUUUUUUUUUUCUUCGUUUCUUUGUUUCAUUGUUCUUUUUU